AUGGGUUUUUGGCUACAUGGAAUUAUGAGGACUUCAUUUGCUGGACAACAGACUUCUUCAAAUUUUGGUGAAGCGCCAAAGGGUCAUCUAGCAGUGUAUGUAGGAGAGGAAAUGAAGAGGUUUGUGGUCCUUAUAUCUUACUUGAAUCAACCUUCAUUUCAAGAGCUUUUAAGUGAAGAGGAAGAAGAAUUCGAGUAUGAUCAUCCGAUGGGAGCUUUGGAAAGUGUAAAAAUGUUUACGUAUGGCGAGGUUCAGCAAGCGGAGAAGGAGAUUGACUGCGAGGAGAGCAACCUGACGGUGAGGAAAGAGUUCGACGGUGAGGGGAGAAGAGAGCUCAAAGUCGGUGAAGAAGCGAAAAUGGAAUGCUCUGUUUUCUUACUUUCAUGCGCAGAAAUAUAA